CGCAGCAAGAAGUUGAGCUCUGUUUGCACUCGACUGGUGUGUGAGAUCUCACAAGCAAUCCACUCUGAGUACAGAAAUGCUGAAGGCAGAAAUUAUGAAGUCCUUAUUUGGCCUCUUGGUGUUGGUGUUGGCGUUGGUGAAGGUGCAUCCUGCUGCAGCCAUGGAUGUGCAGUUCCAUGUUCUACCUGGCUGUACCGGUGCCCUGGGUGUGACAUGCACCAACCUUACUGCAGGCACCUGCUGCUCUAAUGUUGCCCCUACACUCCUGUCGUCGGUGCAGUUUACAUACGACGCCCCUAUGACCUGUUACAGCGACGUUGUCUAUAAAGGCGGCCAAUGCACCACCCAAGCAGGCACAUCCGCGGGCAACGCUUGCCUCAAUGGAGCCUAUACAGGUGCCAAAUGGUUGAAUACCUGUCGCAGGCGUCGCGCGCUUCUGGGCGAUGGCCCUGAAGAGACGUCGACUAAGUGCACAAGUCUGAGCAAGCCCAAUACUCUAUUCUACAAAGACCAUGAAACCAAAGGCACUUAUGUUAUCAAGAUGUCAGACGUUACCGAUCUCUUGUUGGCUCUUCAAGUCCAUGACACAGGUCGAGAACUGAACGUGCGCGACAGUUCUGCGUUGGUGCCAUCAGCUCGAACUAUGUUCUCUCCACCGAAAUAAAGCCCUGCAGCUUAAGGCAUGAAAAAAGGGUGACCCGAUUGUGUAUAGAUCUCGAUCCAUUCUAAUAAUAUUAGAAAGUCAAGAUCUAGAAAAUGUAUGUCACUUAGAUGAAGGCAAUCCUUUUGAACAAACAAGCGCUUCGAUUGAAUCGUCGAAGUCGCAAGACAGUUCUGCUAAGGUGCCAUCACCUUGCACUGUGUUAUUUC